CUGGAAGAAGACCAUCAGAAGCCAGCUGGACUCUCAGCGGGAGAGCCAAGAGAAGUUCUCCGGUUCAUCUGGAUCUCAUUUAUAUAUAUAUGUUUAUAUAUUUAAAAUAAAUCAUAAUUAAUUAUAUACAUAUAUGAAAGUAGAAAUGUCUCGAACGACGACCACUCGGUUCUUCUCGGAGAAAGAAGUUGCGAGACACUGCACGAAGGAGUCCUGCUGGGUGCUGGUGGGGACGCGUGUGUACGACGUGACCGUCUUCCUGCGGAUGCACCCGGGCGGAGAGGCGCUGAUCCUGGGACGCUCGGGCAGCGACGUGUCCGCGCAGCUGGACGGACCUCCGCACCGUCACUCGGAGAACGCGCGGCGCUGGCUGGAGCAGUACUACAUCGGGGAAAUAGACCGGGACUGUGCGCAGCUUCACACAGAGACACUAAGACAGAGGGGAAACAAGUCCGAAGCACAAGAUGGUAUGGAAGAAGACGCCAUCAACAAAUGCAGCAAAGUCGAUGAUGAAACAGAUCUGGUGGACUGGAGGAAGCCUCUUGCCUGGCAGGUGGGAUAUUUGGGAGAGAAAUAUGACGCCUGGGUCCACCAGCCUGUCAAUCGGCCCAUUCGUCUCUUCGAGUCCGACUUCUUCGAAGCAAACACCAAGACCCCAUGGUUUAUGGUACCUGCCGUGUGGAUGCCUCUGGUUAUUUACUUGAGCUGGUACAGCUAUAGCUUGUUAGCACAAGGGAGCACUAGGUUGUAUAUUACAUCAGAGUACUCCUUUUUUAUUCACAAGUACUGGUUCCCACUCCUCUUCAUGACUGGGAUGUUCAUCUGGUCCUUUGUCGAGUACUGCAUCCACCGUUUCCUGUUCCACCUGCGUCCUCCGGCCCACAACUAUUACCUCAUUACCCUUCACUUCCUCCUCCAUGGUCAACACCACAAGUCUCCAUACGAUGGCUCUCGUCUGGUGUUCCCUCCUGGCAUUGCAUCAGUCGUUAUAGGGGGAUUUUACAUAACUCUGCACCAGCUGCUGCCCGAAGGUUUAGGCACGCCUGUGUUCGUCGGUGGUCUGUGUGGUUACGUGGUGUACGACAUGAUCCACUACUACCUGCACUACGGUUCUCCACGCAAGGGCUCCUACCUGUACGGCCUGAAGGCUUACCACGUCAAACAUCACUUUGAGCACCAAAGAGCAGGUUUUGGCAUCUCGACUACGUUUUGGGACUAUCCCUUUAACACGGUUAUUCCAGAGCAGACAUUUUAAAUUGCCCCCGUGCAAGGCUGCCCAUGCUGUCCAACCUUUACCUAAAUGUUGCUUUUUUUUUCAGAGCUCGUGCUCUGAUACUUUUCCCAAAAGAAAAAAAAAAGGCCCAAGCUCAUCAUCUUUGUCAUGAUCAUCAUUGUGACCACCAUCAUUAUCAUUAUCAUUUAUUCAUUAUCAUCAUUUGGUUGCCAGGUUAGGAACGGGUGCAGCCCAGACUCUAAAUAAAUGUUGGUGUAUAUGCAUGUACAGGCAUAUAAUAUGUAAAAGAAUCGAUAAUUGUUUAUAUUGUAUUAUAACAGUUUUUAUGUAGAGCCACUGAGACGUUCAUUGCCUUUUAACCCUAAAAUAUCAUCUUGAGUAGAUACAGGCAGAAGGAUUAUGUUAAGUGCGAGAAGGUGUGCGAAUGUGAGGAGUGAAUGAGCGUUUUUUUUUAGCUGUAGCGUGGAUCUGAAUGGAAGAGAAGGUAUUGCGACGGGACCCUCAAUGGCGCUUCAAGUCAAUGCCGGAUAGGAAUUACUCAGGAACAUGCUUUAAAUCCCACCACGCUUAUGCAAGACUUGUCAGUGUUUUUGCCUUUAUAUAUAGGAAGUUUCCUUUACUGGGCUUUCUGUUUGCGUUUUUUGGCUUCCAGGAUUUUCUUAUUUCUGAUCCCCUUUUUUUUAAUGGUGAUUUUUUUUCUCUAAAACAUAAGCAUUUAGUGUCAUGUUCUGUUUUUUUGUUUUUUAACUCCAGGGAUUUAUUCUGUGGAAGCCAGUUUGCUAGUUUUUAUAAGCAAUAUAUAUUAUUUUUUGUUUGAUUUCUUUUUAUUUUUAAUGGAAGAAAUGCCAAGUGAUUUACCGUCAGAACAAUGUGCAGGUUGUACCCAUAGCCAUUGACUCCUUGUAUAAUCGUAAUAAAAAAAAGAAUUAUUUUUGAGAGACUUUAAGCUGUGAUGCGUUUAUAGAGAUGCAAGGAGCGAACAAUGGCCCUUGGACUUUCCGGAUCAGGAAAUGCAGGUGUGUUUGUCAUAGCUGCAGAUUUUGAACUCUCGUGAGGGCAUGAAGCCACGUGCUCGGGGAUCUCCAGCGGCAUGGGGGUUGCCUGACAGGGGGUUUAGAUGUCGGCGUGGUGACCCCUGUUCUGGGUUGAAGAUCAUUAGUAUCUGACCAGGCUAUGAACGAGGAGGCCCUUACCACCAUCUCUGGCUGAUCUCUCGUUGGUUCAUACUCGUAUUAAUCUUUGACCUGUUCAUCUCUCUCUCUCUCUCUCUCUCUCUCUCUCUCUUUCUCGCUCCAUUUCACAUUCUGUCCCCCGAUUAGCAUACGUGUUUUAUGUCUUAAUUUCUUUGCAUGUAUUUGCCUUUUGAUGUUUUUUUUUUUUUUUUUUAUGUUUUUGCCAUGAAGUCACUGCAUCCCGUCUGGAUUCUAGGAACUUUCUAUUCAGGUGAAAAGGAGACUGUGGCCUCCUUGAUGUCCUUUAUCUUCUACACAACUACCAUCAUUGCUUUGUAAGGCUACAGUCUGCCCUUUUUAACUUGAUGGCACAAAAAACAACAGAAAACAUAAAGUUAAAUCUCUGUAUUAAAAUGUCCCCAAUGUGCUAUAAAGGGCAUUCCCUACCUCCCUAUUCCUUCCGCUCAAAUCAUGUAAUCAGUCAGUGGGAUGUCACGAGCUGAGCGAACGUUGAGUUGAGGUUAUGGAUGUUUUGAUUGAGCGAUACAGCUCAAGAAUGUUCUCUGUUUCUGAAAGCAUGAAUGUUGAUUAUUAAGAAUGUCAUGCCAUGGCACCUUCCUGUCUCGUCUCUGAUGAAAUAGGUCACACUGAGGGCGUCUCACUGCCGGUGGGUGCCAACUGGUUUGAUUCAAGUAAUAACAGUAAAUAUAUUUGCACGUGUUUACCUGUAAACAAAGUUCGAAGGUUUAAUUCAGAGAAACAAAGCUUUUAAAUGAAAAA